AUGGCUCACCAUCAAACCAACAUUCUCUCUGGUUGCCGAGAACUCGAAUCCUUAGAUGUGAGAGAUUGCUGGGAUGUGAAACUUGAUGACAAGUUCUUAGAUGAGAAGUGCUCUAGGUUGAAGGUUCUGGGCGCUUCAGUCAUGGAUAAUUACUACCGGAAUUACUGUGAUGAUUUAUUUGAUUACUUGGAUUCUUCGUGUUACUCUGCCUGGAUGUUUAGUACUCAUCUGUAUGAAGGUGAGAGCUCUGAUGGGGUUUGGGACGAUGAGCAGAGGCUUGAGGAGUUGGAGCUGAGGUUCUAUGAAGGGUUUGAUGAGGAAGAUGAUGAUGAUUCUGGGAAGUUUGAGUAG